CAUUCAACAAAGAUAAAUUUCAAAACUUAUCCAGCUCUUGACCCGACGCGCUUAAUACUUGUUCACUUGGCUAUAUAAAUUGUCUGUUGCCCCGGCCGCAAGGAGGAUCAUCAUACGCAUGAUCAGAAGCUGAUCGAUCGAGUACAACGUGUUGUGUACGUACUCGCUGAGAAAAAUUCAACAUACCACGCGCUACCGGCCAUGACGAUCCUCUCCAACUCCAGGGACGCUGCUGCUCCUUGGGAGAUCUCCCACGGCGCCCACCCGGAGCACACGCUGAGGAGGCAGACGACGACAGGGGCGGCGGCGGCGGCGCCGGGCGCGGCUGAUCUGCAGUUCCAGCGCGACGGCUGCAAGGAGCCCGGCGCCGGGGACCGGUACGCGUGCCGGCCCUGCGACUUCGACCUCCACGUUGAAUGCGCCCUCGCGGAGACCGUGAUGGCGCACCCGCUCUUCAAGGACGCCCAGUUCCGCCUCCAGGAGCUCCUCCGCCCCGGCGGCGGACACGACGACGACAACGCCGGGUCCGGGUCCGGGAGCGGUAGCAUCCUAUGCGUUGCCUGUGGCGGGGAGGUGCUGGGGUUGCACUACCACUGCGCCGCCAACGCCCGUAAGAAGAAGGGGUACUUGGGGUUGGACAUCCACCCGUGGUGCGCGGCGCUGCCGCGGGAGAUCCGGCGGGAGGAGCUCACGCUCGAGCUCCGGAAGGAGGCGUUUCACAGGUGCGACAGCUGCCCGAGCCGCCGGGACAUAGGAGGUUGGUUCUACCGUUCCACCUGCAAGACCGUGUACCUGCACGUCGCAUGCGUGAAGGGGAUUAUGAUCGCUGACGGAGGCGGCGGUGGCUCGAGCGGUAGUACUGAUCCGUUGGCGGCUGUGAAGGAAGCGGCGCUGCGGAUCUACCGCGCGAAGAAGGACGAGGAGGGUGAGGUCGAGCGCGUCAUCCUCGCCCUCGUUCUUGGCGGCUGAUUAGUUGGUUAAUUGUGCAUGCGAUGCCUGCACAGUGUACACACCCAUUUUAGAAUUCCUCGUUCUAGAAUUUUACUACUACGGAGUAGUAAAAUUGAUCGUCUCCACACGUACGUACUACGCCCAUUUAGGAUCCUUUCUUCCGUAUAAAAACAUACUCCAUUGCACUAAAACAACGACAAGUAUUUAAGAACGGAGGGAUACUACGGACUACUGCUGUAUUACUGCCAAGGAUCGGGCCCAUAGUUAAUGAGCUCGCGAAAAGUUUACGGAUAUAUGCCGAUAUAGUGCUAUGAUUUGGAAGAUAUGCGUACGGUACGGUACGGAACAGCCCGUAUGCUGUGCUGCUGUAUGUAUAUUUUGACUCGUCGCGGCUACAGUAAUUAAUUUAGGGUCAUUCGGUUAAGAGAGUGGUUAACUCUUUGGCAGUACUUGACCGCGCCGGAUAUCUCAGAGUCAAGUGGUUUGAAUUU